CAGUUAGCCUAAGACCAGUGGCGUCUCUCGGUGCCGAUUAAGGAGAGCGACAUCCACGAGGAAGCCACCGAGUCGCUUCGAUCCUCGCUCCAACACUCUUGAUCGCCAUGAUUCGUCUCGUACGGAUUCCGCAGCCGGUAUCCGGUGUUCUGUGAUGAAGGCUGUUCUCGCGGCGCGGUGAGAGAACUUCCAUCUGCGACUCUCCACCUGCCGGGGUGUGCCUUCCGAGGAAUCUCGCGAUUAUUACCAGGACUGGGCAACGACAUCGUCGUUGUCGACGACGGACCCAGAGAGGAGCCUCUUCCUUGAGGAGAUAACGGUGUUGAAAGUGAAAGUCUCAACGGAACGAAGGCGCGAUUAUAUAUAAGUAUAUUUAUAUAGACGUACACGCAUUGACGAAACGCGACUUCGAUUAAAGGCACAGAGACGCAGCAACAGGAGAUAGACUGGCAACAAAGAACCAGAAGCGGAUACAACAUGUCAGAUGAGGAGGACAAACCCCCUGCACCCCCUGUUCGAUUGACAUCAAACAGGGGGGAAUCAGCGCCUAAUCUACCAGUGGAUAUGCGUCCACUGCCUAAGGAGCCGGAUUCUGAUGAGCGCAAAAAGAAGACUCUGAAGAGCAAGAUGAAGGUGAAGGAGAAUAAGGACAAGCCCAACAUCAGUUAUCCCACGAACUUCGAGCACACCGUUCACGUCGGGUUCGAUGCUGUAACCGGUGAAUUCACGGGUAUGCCGGAGGCGUGGGCAAGAUUACUUAUGUCCAGCAAUAUCAGCAAGCAGGAACAGAAAAAAAAUCCGCAAGCUGUAUUGGAUGUGUUAAAUUGGUACGAUAGUAGCAGUAAAGAAGCAAAAGGCUCUAAGUACAUGACCACAACUAAAAUGGUCGGAGUUGUUGCUCCAAUCGAAAGAGCGAGUAGUCCGCGAAGUAUGGGAAUGAGUAUCGGCACAGGAGUGGGAAAUAUUCGCGGACAGGCGAUGUCGCAGGCAUCCGGUAGCUCCCACUCUCAGCAUUCGUUAAGCAGGGUGAGUAGCAGUAGCCCAAGUAGCACUCCAACAGACGCGUGUGCAACUAGCUCGGAGCAGGAGGACGAGCCACCACCUCCGCCCAUCUCCGCCCGACCGGAACGCACGAAAUCGAUCUAUACAAAACCUAUAGAAGAGGAACCACCGCCACCCUUGACGACCACGCUGGGCUCGCCACAACGAAAUGGCAUGCAGCAACAACAACACCAGUCGCAAUUAGAUAGAAAUAAGAAUCAAGCAACGCCGACGUCAACAACAACUGAUCAGACGCGACCAACGCAAGGCGAUAAAGCUAGAAAGAAGAAGAUGUCAGACGAUGAGAUAUUAGAGAAACUUAGAACAAUCGUGAGCGUGGGAGAUCCUAAUAGAAAAUAUACGAAAAUGGAAAAAAUAGGACAAGGUGCCUCGGGGACAGUGUACACAGCAAUAGAAACGUCAACCGGCAUGGAAGUUGCAAUAAAACAAAUGAAUCUGUCGCAACAGCCAAAGAAAGAACUUAUAAUAAAUGAGAUUUUAGUAAUGCGGGAGAACAAGCAUCCGAAUGUUGUAAAUUACUUGGAUAGUUAUUUAGUCGGAGAAGAAUUGUGGGUAGUCAUGGAAUAUUUGCCAGGUGGCAGUUUAACGGAUGUUGUGACUGAGACUUGCAUGGACGAAGGUCAAAUUGCCGCGGUGUGCAGAGAAGUACUACAGGCGCUCGAGUUCCUUCAUUGUAAUCAAGUUAUACAUAGAGACAUCAAAUCUGAUAAUAUUCUGUUGGGUCUUGAUGGUGGGGUUAAGUUAACGGACUUUGGCUUUUGCGCGCAAAUAUCACCGGAACAGAGCAAAAGAACGACGAUGGUUGGCACGCCGUAUUGGAUGGCGCCGGAAGUAGUAACGCGAAAGCAAUAUGGACCUAAGGUUGAUAUAUGGUCGUUGGGAAUAAUGGCAAUCGAGAUGAUCGAAGGAGAGCCGCCGUAUUUGAACGAAAAUCCACUGAGAGCGUUGUAUUUGAUUGCGACAAAUGGUAAACCGGAAAUCAAGGAAAAGGAUAAACUAUCGGGUAUAUUCCAAGACUUCCUGGACCAGUGUUUAGAAGUCGAGGUAGAGAAACGGUCUGCAGCUUCCGAAUUAUUAAAGCAUCCUUUUUUGAAAUUAGCAAGGCCACUAGCUUCGUUAACACCUUUGAUAAUGGCGGCGAAGGAAGCUGCCAAAGGUCAUUAAGAGAUACAGUGGCGUUUAGAUUGUAGAUUUAUAAGACGUGACUCCAAGAGUACGAUUAUGCAGAGGAAAAGAAGGAAAUAAUGAAAUCACCCUCCCAAAACGGAAA